AUGGCAAUCUCCGCCUCCGCCACAGCUUCCACUUCCUCAAGGCUAGCCGCCGUCUACCCACCAGCCGCCGUUUCCCCCUCCUCUGCGGCCGCUAUUCCUACUUUCAACUUCGCCUCGAAACCAGCCAAAUUGACCCUCCUCUCCUCCUCCUUCAUCUCCCCUUUCCUCCCCACCACCACCACCACCACCUCCCUCCCGCGCCGCCGCGGCGGAGCCUCAUUCACAGUACGGGCGGCGAGGGGAAAGUUCGAGCGGAAGAAGCCCCAUCUCAACAUCGGCACAAUUGGCCAUGUCGACCACGGCAAGACAACCUCACCGCCGCCCGCCCCCAAGAAGUACGACGAAAUCGACGCCGCACCCGAGGAGAGAGCCCGCGGUAUCACAAUUAACACCGCCACCGUCGAGUACGAGACCGAGAACCGCCACUACGCCCACGUCGACUGCCCCGGCCACGCCGAUUACGUCAAGAACAUGAUUACCGGCGCUGCGCAGAUGGACGGGCUCAUGGAUGCUGUGGAUGAGUACAUUCCAAUCCCACAACGGCAGACCGAGUUGCCUUUCUUGCUUGCUGUGGAAGAUGUGUUCUCCAUCACAGGAGUUGAGAUGUUCCAGAAGAUUUUGGAUGAGGCGUUGGCUGGGGAUAAUGUUGGGCUGUUGCUUAGAGGGAUGGUGUUGGCUAAACCCGGGUCUAUUACCCCGCACACUAAGUUUGAGGCCAUUGUGUAUGUGUUGAAGAAGGAAGAAGGAGGGAGGCAUUCGCCCUUUUUUGCAGGUUACAGGCCGCAGUUUUACAUGAGAACUACCGAUGUCACCGGGAAGGUUUCGUCUAUCAUGAACGAUAAGGAUGAGGAGUCGAAGAUGGUUAUGCCCGGUGAUCGAGUAAAGUUGGUGGUGGAGCUCAUUAUGCCCGUGGCUUGUGAACAAGGGAUGAGGUUUGCUAUCAGAGAAGGAGGGAAGACUGUUGGAGCUGGUGUUAUCCAGAAAAUCCUUGAGUAA